AUGCAUGUCUCCGUGCGCCUCAGGACUUGCCACAGGGAAGCCAUCCGCCUGUCAUCUCCACUCAAGGAGGCCGUCUGCACUGAAGGCACCAGCGCUCUUGCUUUGGCCAUGACAGCUCUCCUCUUGAACAGCAGCAGUGUCGUGGGGAGUACAGUCACUCUGCCCCGUAUCACUGACCCCCUAGUCAACCUGAGCACCCCCACCCCACCUGGGACUGCCCCCCUCUGCACCUUGUGCUGCUGCGGAGUCCUGAACCGUACCCUGGCCGUGGUGUUCAUGAUCAUCCUUGCGUUUGCCAUUGUUGUGGGAAAUGUCAUCACUCUGACUGUCUUUGUGCAAACAAGGCAGUCCAGGACGCCACAGGGAUAUCUCAAAGUGUCUCUGGCCAUAGCUGACAUGAUGGUGGGAGUUCUUGUGGUCCCCUUCUCCAUCUACACUGAGGUCUCCCUGAUGAUCACCAGCGUCCCUCCAGACUGGUACCAGGGCAGUUCCAGCUCCCCGGCUCUGUCCACGGCUAUGGGCGGCCUGGUCAGUCCCUGGCAGCCCUGCAUGUUGAUCGGGCCAAUUUUUGCCGGCUGCACUUUUGUAUCCAUCAGCACCAUUUUCCUGAUGACCGUGGAGCGCAGCAUCGCCAUUCUGAAGCCUCUGCAUAAAGACGCUUUGGUAACUCGGAGGCGAACUCUGCUCCUCAUUCUGCUUUCCUGGGCGGCAAGUUUUAUGUUAGCAAUGGCGCCACUUAUGUUCAGCCGUAACUUUACAAUGGAGUACAACGAAUGCAGUCGGAUGUGCAACUACACCCCACUUCUUCAGGGUGGACAGUUGCCCCCUGAUGCUAAUAUUUUACUGCUAUUCCCCGCGUUUGACUUUACUCUUCUAGGUGGCACACUGGCCGUCAAUAUUGUGUCUUUUACGAGCAUUCGGAGAUACACGAUCAAGCGCAAACUUCUCUCCGAGGGUAGCGUGAGUGAAGCAGCAGGUGGAACCAGUAGCGGAUGUCAACACAGACCUUCUUUCUCUGACAUCAAAGCGGCGAAAACAAUAGGGAUCCUGACUUUUGCCUUCACAGCGUCUUUCUCGCCAAUUGCUGUGUUUGUGCUGGGAAAUGUCGUUGGAUACACGUGGUGCAACUUUUCAUUUUUCGCCUUUUGGAUACUGACUUCAAACAGCUGUUGUAACGUCAUUAUCUACAGCGUGAGGGAUCACCGCUUCAGGAAGGGCGUGACAUUGUUGUUUCAGAGGGAACAGUCCCCACCGCACGGGGAGAAAUCUUAA